AUGCGUACUGGUGAGCCACCAAGUUGCAUUGACAUUCCUCUGAAUGCUAAAUGGCAACAAAAUGGUAUCGCUGUGGCUGGAGGAAAUAGAUGGGGCAAUGGAAGCAAUCAACUCUGCUACCCAUUGGGUUUGUUUGUUGAUGAUGAUCAAACAGUUUAUGUCGCUGAUGAGGUGAAUCAUCGUAUUGUGGAAUGGAAAUCGGGUGCGACGAGUGGCCAAGUGGUUGCCGGUGGAAAUGGCGAAGGAAAUGGGACUCAUCAAUUGCAUCACCCAAAAGAUGUCACUGUCGACAAAGAGACAGAUAGUAUCAUCAUCUGCGACCGUUCGAAUGGAAGAGUAGUUCGAUGGCCUCGUCGCAAUGGAACAAGUGGAGAAAUAAUCAUCUACAUCUGGUGUGUGGGUUUGACAAUGGACGAGAAUGGAUCUCUCUAUGUCACUGAUGAUGGAAAUCAAGAAGUGAGACGAUAUCAAAGAGGAGAAUCUCAAGGAACAGUGGUUGCAGGUGGUCUUGGCUCUGGAAGUCUCUUUGGCCCCACGUACGUAUUCGUCGAUCGAGAUCAUUCAGUAUACGUAUCGGAUAGCUACAACCAUCGUGUGAUGAAAUGGGCAGAUGGUGCAAAACAAGGCAUUGUCGUGGCUGGUGGUCAAGGAAAAGGAAAUAAUCUUACACAAUUGUCAAAUCCUCAAGGAGUCGUUGUCGAUCAAUUGGGUACUGUCUAUGUGACUGACUGGGGGAAUCAUCGAAUCAUGCGUUGGCCCAAAGGAGCCACACACGGAAGUGUGAUUGUCGGUGGAAACGGUAAUGGAGGACUAUCGGACCAACUCUUUUAUCCCGUCGGUUUGUCAUUCGAUCGACAUGGUAAUCUCUAUGUCGUCGAUUAUUGGAAUCAUCGAGUACAAAAAUUCAAUAUUGAAUAA